GGCGAAAGGGUAGAUAUGGAAACGGCGGUGAAACUCCGGUGACUGAUGCAUGGUGGCCUCAGGUGAUUAACGUUUGCAUUUGUAGUGUCAACAGAACUCGUUUUCUUGAUGAAGCUUUAUACAAACAUAGCUUGAAUUUUCUAAUUUGCUUUCCUAUCGCAUCCUCUUUCGGUAAGGCUCAGUCGUUCUAAAUUGAACUGGAUCGUUUUUGGGUUUCUAUUUCUGGGUAAGAAAAUCCAAAUGAGUGGGAUUAUUUGUGGUAUUUACCCCUCGUCCUCUGCUAUUCUGUUCAGUUGCUGCCUCCUCCCUCCUAUUCCCAUUAAGCUCAGUAUACACUGUAACUAAAUAAGGUUACUUCCUAUGUCAAUGAUGCCGUAUUUUGGUUUUGCUGGAGUACCUAUAGAUCAUUCCUUAUGGUAUUGUCCUUGGCUAAUAAUUAUAUCAGUUCCAAUAUCAUCGUAAAGAGCUAAUUCAACAUUAGAUCAGAAACUAUUCACACGUUGGAAGGAACGCUUAGCAUUGUUCACUUUUUCUUGGUCAAGACAGCAUUGUUCACUUUAUCAUAAGAUGGUAAUGGUUGGGAGUGAUUGUAAAAUGGCGAUUUUGGGGUGUCACAGUGUAUGAAUUCAACAGUGAAGCCAGGUUUGGCUGCCUCGGUGAAGGACAAUACAAUAGUGUAAACUUUAAAGGGCGAAGCCACGUUUCCAUUAAGUGGGGAAUUUGGAGGAUGGAGUAUGGAAAUGGCCUAUCAUUCUUUCACUAACAAAAACUAUGCGUUUAGUUGAUGAGCUUCUGGUGCUCAUAUAUCCGCUGAGCGGGUAAUUUGGACUCGCCUCCACACCCAUACCUCCAGCCACCCCCGGUCCAGACUCCAACCACCCAGAACCUAACCAAAGUACCCUAGAUCUGAAAAUCUGGUUCUAAGGCAGUUAAAAAACCAGCCCUGUUGUCGCCCCUGUUACCAUUCAGGGUGUAUUUGAUCAUACAAUCUGAUGUUUUUGUCAAUUUCAGGAAUGUCCUCAAAGUGGAAAGGCGACAGAAGAGGAAAUCUCUGGCUUUGCUGGUAAGCAAAUAGGGUUUACUUGACAGUGAAAGAAAUGUAUUCUUUUGGUAGAAAUUGCUUGAAACAUGGUAGCUGCUCCAUUAGAAACUUUUUGAAUCAUCUAUGCUUUGCAAACUCAUUUUGGCAACAAUUUCAUGAAUCAGCUUUGCUCAAUAGUCCCAUUGUACAAAAUUCUAGGAUUACUGUUUAUGAGACUCAUAAAGUUGGACCCUUUUCCCAAAUCUCUUCUAAAACAACUCCAGCCCUGCAUGCGCCCUCUUGCAUUGCUUAUUAUUCAACCAAGCCACCUUCAAGGUCAUUUCGAAGAAGAGCUCGUAAGAGACUGUUAAAAUCCUUGAAGCCUAUUCUAGAUCAAGCCCAAUUUCAAUUGGCCUUGUCCCAACUUUCCCCAAGGUUUACUCCUGAGGAACUCUGUAAUGUUAUUACUUUUCAAGAAGACCCAUUAGUUUGCUUGGAGCUCUUUAAUUGGGCAUCACAACAAUCCAGGUUUCGGCACAACACCACCACUUAUCACAUAACCAUCCAGAAGCUCGGUGCGGCACAAAUGUACCAAGAAAUGGAUGAUGUUGUCAAUCAAGUGCUUGCAGUUCCAUUAAUUUGUUCAGAGGCACUUUACAAUACUAUUAUAUAUUAUUUCACAGAAGCUCGAAAGUUGACUCGAGCUGUCAAUAUAUUCAACCACAUGAAAAGUAGCAGAAAUUCGAAUUGCAAGCCUUCUAUCAGAACCUAUAAUAUCCUUUUUGCAGCACUGUUGAGCAGAGGAAGCAACUCUUACAUAAAUCAUGCGUAUAUGGACACUAUUAGGUGUCUGUUUAAGCAGAUGGUCAAUGAUGGGGUAGAGCCUGAUAUAUUUACUUUAAAUUCCAUGAUCAAAGGUUAUGUGCUUUCUCUCCAUGUUAAUGAUGCGCUGAGGAUAUUCCAUCAGAUGGGCGGGGUUUAUGCAUGCAAGCCUAACUCUUUUACCUAUGAUUAUUUGAUACAUGGCUUGUGUGCGCAAGGAAGAACGAAGAAUGCUAAAGAGAUAUGCAAUGAAAUGAAGACCGCAGGCUUAAUCCCAAGUAGUAAAUCUUAUAAUUCACUUGUCAAUGCUUUGGCACUUGGUGGAGAGACUGAGGAGGCAGUGGAAUAUGUGUGGGAGAUGACUGAAAAUCAGAGGUCAGCUGAUUUUAUUACUUAUAGGACUGUACUGGAUGAGAUAUGUAGACAAGGAAGAGUUCAGGAGGCAAUGAGGUUAUUGCAGGAGUUUCAAGAGAAGAACCUUGUGGAUGGGGGUGCUUACAAAAAACUUCUUUAUGUGCUGGAAGAUGACUAUGGGAAUUGAGUUAGCAGAGUUGAUCCAGUUUUAUUCAUGGCAGACUGGAUAUUGCCUUGAUGCGAGAUCCUUUGGAGGAAGAAAAAUUUGGAGAACGGUGAUGCAACAUGCAAAUAUGGUACAAGGCGAUUAGUAUUUUCUGACCCUCCAAAAAGUGGAAGUCUCAUUGAUCCCAAGGUGCACAAUAAUAUGCUGAUUGCUCAAAAAAGGCUGGCUUAAGUUUGCAAUUUUGUCCAAGCUGUACAGAUCUUUGUCUAAUUGUAUGCUUUAGUUAUCACUUCUUUCCCUCAUUUUGCAAGUGAUGACCUUUGAUUUUUUAUCCAUCUUUGUUGAAGUGAAAGUUUCACUCUAAAGAAAUACUACCUCUAGUCCUUAAUAUUGGUCUCUAGUCUUUAGUGUUGGUAAUUAACAUAAAAGCUAAUUUGAUAUUCAAUUUGAUCCUAAAUAUAAGACUUCAAUUUA